AUGUGGUGCGAUUGCAGUGCGGAGGACUCGCUUCUUGCGGCCAUGCGCCAAACUAUCGCUGUUCGUGAUUCCGGCCUCUUCGACUAUCCCCUCGUUGAUGACAACUUUAAAGUGCGUGACGUAGCCAACGAAAUCAUUUCAGGACUGACUUCCGAAGAUGCUUUCUACAUAGUGGACAUAGGCAGUAUCAUUACCAAGUUUGAGUUGUGGAAGAAGCACUUGCCACGGGUCGAACCUUUCUACGCCGUCAAGUGCAAUGAAACGGACUGCGUCUUGCAACUGAUGGCGACUCUGGGCGUCGGCUUUGAUUGUGCUUCGAAAGGAGAGAUCCAGAAGGUGAAGGAAUUCGGGGUCUCUGCAGACAGGAUUAUUUAUGCGAACCCGUGCAAAUCCAACUCGCACUUGAAGGCAGCUGCUGGAGCAGGAGUUGACCUGAUGACCUUUGACAACGACGCUGAGCUGUACAAGAUCAAGCAGGUGUACCCGAGUGCCAGGCUCGUCGUGAGGAUCAGAGCUGACGCUGACGAGGCUCAAUGUCCGCUUGGAAUCAAGUUUGGUGCUGAUAUUCAAGUCGUGCCCCAUUUGUUGGCUGUUGCCGCCAACCUGGGUCUCAAUGUCGUCGGUGUGAGCUUCCAUGUUGGGUCUGGGUGCAGUGACCUCGCUGCGUUUCCUCGUGCCAUCGAGGCCAGCCGAGCCAUAUUCGACCUGGCUUCUCAAAUGGGCUUCAACUUUUCCCUCUUGGACAUUGGCGGAGGUUUCCCGGGCGGGGAGCGUUCCUCGGCUGCAUUUUCUCAAAUGGCGAGCCUCAUUCGCUUGUCUUUGGAUGAGCAUUUCCCGGAAGGAAGCGGAGUGCGGCUCAUCAGCGAGCCCGGAAGGUUCUUCGUGACCUCGGCCUUCACCCUGGUGACUUGCAUUAUUGGGAAGCGUCAGGCGAAGCUGGAGUCUGUGAAGGUGAAUGUGGACGACGGCGGCGACGACAACAGGGGCGAGGAUCAUCCGGGGAACAUGUAUUACGUCAAUGAUGGUGUCUAUGGGAGCUUCAAUUGCAUUCUGUUUGAUCACCAGGUGGUGACUGCGAAGCUCUUGCAUGACUACGAUGAAGGAACCAAGUUGUACCAGUCGUCUGUCUGGGGCCCGACUUGCGACUCUCUGGACUGCAUCUUGCCGAAAGUCACUCUGCCUUCCUUGGAGAUCGGGGACUGGGUCAUGUGGCCCGACAUGGGGGCCUACACCGUUUCCGCGGCGUCCACGUUCAAUGGGUUUCCCAAGUCUGUUCUGCACCCGGUGAUUCCGAGAAGCUUCAGGGCCAUGCUGAAAUCCUGUGAGGACGAGACGGAUGAGAUCCCCGUCUGUUCUCCGCGCCUGAGAACCCUUUCAUCCUCUUGCGGCCUGAGCUUGGAUAUGGACUUGGAUGAUGGGAAACUGUCUUCUGUCAUGGACAACAUUGCCUACAUCUUUCCUUUCGAGAUUUCCAUUGACGUCUGACGUCCUCCUUUUUUCUUUUUUUUUCUGUGUCUCUGGAAGGCAAGAAGUUCAGUUGGUUCUUCCGGGUUCGUUAGGGUGUGUUUACUCGAAAGGAUUUUGUUCGUUACUUGGAGUACUAUGCAGAUUUCCAGGAGAACUCUUGAAAAAAGCGUGCCAUGACAAAUUUUAGCCGGAAGAGAAGGUAAUUCAGUGUUUUCAUCAACAACAACGACAAAAUGGGGAGGGAGUUUCUGUGAUUGAGGUGAAUCGUAAAAAGGGAUGCUUAGUCCCACUAGAGUUUGGCACGCGAAUGACGGGAAUUGGCAACUCCCUGAUGCUGAAAUCGGUCGUUUUGUGGGUCCUCGGAUUUACUUCGGAGAGCGUCAUGCAAAAAUUUGCUGGAGAACUUGUUUUUGCCCACGAGCAGCGGGUUUGAGGAGACUGCGAAAUAUGAUCUUUGAUUUCAGGUGUCAAAUCUUAUUGGGCUUGAGUGUUUUCGAGGCUAGAAUUGAAAACCGUUGGACAAUGCCGCAGUUCGGACAGGCCUCUUUUUUGCCAAUUGGUUGCCUGUUUUUUUUUUUUCUUGCGAGGGUUGUCAAGGAGGCAGUCCCUGAUUGGUUAGCCUGCUAGUGAAACACAAUUUUUGAGUUUGCUUGGUGGAAGGACAUUGCUGGAGUUGUGCAAGUUGAUUAACCAAGGGACUAGGGCUGCGGAGAUAAAUAUUGAGCGAGUGCAAUGAUGCUUUGUGAACAAAAUAAUCUUGGUUUUUGAUUUCCUGUCCCUUUCUUUUUGUGCUGUUGCGUGGCGUGUUUCUUUUUUCAGCCAAAUUGGCCCAUGAGUUGCUUCCGGAAAUUGAAUUUUAGAUAUCCAGAACUGAGGAAUGAUGGUGUUCAGAGAGGAUAUUUUGGCUGGAAAAUGUCCGGAAGGAAAGUUGCAUUUCAGGUAGUGGAUUAUGAGUAAAUAUGUCUGCUAUAAUGGAA